ACUUGUUCCUGAGGGCUGUAUGUCAGUGUGACACCGGUGCUGCAGCGCCGUGCUCUGUGUAAACAGUUGAUACUAAAACUUUAUUUUUCUUUAUUUAACAGCAGAUUCGGUUCUCCCGAGUGAUAGAGUAUAUGUUCAGCUCCUAAACCUCCACAUUAAAUCCGCUUCACACAGCGAGCCGCGCUCAGUCUGAUCCUCUGAGCUCAGCUGAGGAAGCUCCAUGAUGGCUUUGCUUUUUCUGUGCUGAAUGAUGUGUCUCAACCCAUAGUUCAUUAAGGUCUUUUACCUUGUCUCUUCAAGCAGCAUCAUAAUGUCUGCUCUGAGUGGACGGUUUCUGCUGUGUCUUCCCCUUGCUGCUGGAACACUGUCCAUGCGCUGUUCUCACCAGCUGGCCACCAUGCGCCACGCCUCCCUGCUGCCAGAGAAGAAGCGCCAACGUCUCCUUUUUCCAUUCAGUGAGCUGGAGGCACACCUAUCACGGCAGAUAGACCGGGCAAAAUUCGAGCUCUUCCAGCCCACGGUGGAAGAUCUCAGACAAGCAGAGAAGCUUUUCACUCCAUCUCCUAAACACCACAUAAUGUACUCAUCGUCAGCCGUCCGGACGGACCACCUGCCUGAACUCACACAGCCAGAGGUGUGUUUCAUAGGCCGGAGUAAUGUUGGAAAGUCCUCUCUCAUCCGGGCCCUGUUCUCUCUCGCCCCAGAGGUAGAAGUGCGGGUCUCCAAAACUCCAGGGCACACAAGAAAGCUGAAUUUCUUCACUGUGGGGAGAGCCUUUACACUAGUAGACAUGCCUGGAUAUGGACACCGAGCUCCAGGUGAUUUUGUGGACAUGGUGGAGCCCUACCUUCAGCAGCGUCACAACCUCGUUCGGACGUUCCUGUUGGUGGAUGGAGGUGCUGGGCUGCAGAAGCUUGAUUUGGUUGCUGUGGAGAUGUGUGAGGAAUUUGGUAUUCCAUAUGUGCUGGUGGUGACUAAAAUAGACAGAACCCGGCAGGGGGCUCUGCUGGCUCUUCUGCUGCAGCUCCAAGACUUUAUCAAAGAUCAGACGAGCACCUGCUUCGCUCAACCUUUUCUUGUGAGUUCAGUGCAGUACUCAGGCAUCCACCUUCUCAGGUGCUUCAUAGCCCAUGUGACGGGAAACCAACAGCUGGACUCCAAAACCACCUGAGACCCAAAUAAAGACAGAAAACACUUUUCCCACAAGUUCUUCCCACAAAGACUUCUAAAAUCUGAUGCUGUUCGAGACAAAGCUUGGUCUGAGGCCUGGACUGAAGCCCAGAGUAAACAUGGACUCAACUUCAGAAUAAAGCAGUGACUCAACCAAAGACUCAAGCAUGGACCCAAGUUUGGACUCAAGCUCAGACUGAAACUAUAGACAACCUCAGUGUUAAGCCCUGACUCAACUAGAGAAUGAAGCAUGGAUUGAAGCACAGAUUGUAAUCCACACUGACAGUCAAGCGUAAACUCAGACUGAUCCCCAGACUCAAACUUAGAAUAAAGCCUUGACUUAAUCACAGACUGAAGCCCAGGCCAAAGCCCAGACCAUACCAUAGAUUCAACUUUUAACAAAAGCUCAGACAUAAACCCACACUAAAUCAUAUAUUUAACCUCACACUGAAGGUUAAACUGAAGCUCAGCCCAAUGUCCAGAUCCAAACUUAGACUCAAGAUCAUACAGAAACCCAGACUGAAGCUUAUCUAUCUGACUGUGCCAUUUCAGACACCCAAGCAGCCAGUAUGAAUGAUCUGGGGCCAGCAUUUCAUAAACCACCAGUGUCUUAGUAAGAUCAUAGCUUCUGUAUCCCUUCUUCACACCAUUUUCUUGAUUUCAUGAAGUGGAGAGAUUUUACCCGAUACUCAGAAACUCAGAAUUUGUUGUUCUCUGCAGGCACUUGUAGAAAGGAGUAAGGAAGGGAUUGUUCAAGGGUUUUUGGUUCGGGCUUAAAAAAAAAAAUCCUUGCCCAAAACAAUCCACUUUAGGCAUUUUUACACUGUGGAAUUCCACUGACCUUUGAGUUUGGGUCUUUAAACUUUAACUUUGGGCCCGUGUGUUGGUUAAAGUGUGAGAGCCUUGUUUAGCACUCAUAACUUCCAAGCUUCUUGGAGUUUUACAGCUGGUGCUUUCUUUUUACGGGUCUUUUUUACGGUCCUUGUUCCUUCUGACGCACUCAGAGCCUCAUAGCAGGUAGGCAUCCUACCCAAGCAUUUCUGAGGUAGUAGUGAUGUAUUAAUGAUGAUUGGUGGUGGUGGUGGUAGUGAUGUUGCACUGGUAUACCUACAAAAAGUCCAAUAAAAAGUGUUAUAAAAGAGCAGGGUGGUGCAAUUGCAUUUAUUGUCUCUAAAGUUGAAACAAUGACAUUUUCCCUGCUUUUAUAUGUGUAUGUGUUUGGACACUGACCCCAUUAAAACAUUUGCCGCAAGUUAA